UGGGGGAAGACAGCGAAUGGAAGCGAGGGAGGCCGCUGAACGGAAGUAGCGGGGCUGAGGGGAGGCGAAGAGGCUUCUAGCGACGGACUGAGGAGGAUGAACAACAAAUUCGACGCGACAUAUAGUCCCCCUUCUCACUCUCACAGUCCUGUUAGUCUGAAGGAUGACGACAGUGGAGAUCAUGACCAGAAUGAAGAGAAUAGCACACAGAAAGAUGGUGAGAAGGAAAAGAACGAUAAAGACAAAUCUCAAAGCAGCGCCAAGAGGAAGGCUGUGGUUCCAGGACCGGCUGAGCACCCUCUGCAGUAUAAUUACACCUUCUGGUACUCCAGACGGACACCCGGGAGGCCCACCAGCUCUCAGAGUUACGAGCAGAACAUCAAGCAGAUUGGCACCUUUGCCUCUGUGGAACAGUUCUGGCGGUUUUACAGCCAUAUGGUCCGUCCUGGGGACCUGACAGGCCACAGCGACUUCCAUCUUUUCAAAGAAGGGAUUAAGCCCAUGUGGGAGGACGAUGCCAAUAAGAAUGGCGGCAAGUGGAUUAUCCGCCUCCGAAAGGGCCUUGCCUCUCGGUGCUGGGAGAACCUUAUUCUGGCAAUGCUGGGAGAACAAUUUAUGGUGGGGGAAGAAAUCUGUGGGGCAGUUGUCUCCGUCCGUUUCCAGGAGGAUAUCAUCUCCAUAUGGAACAAGACAGCCAGCGACCAGGCGACCACGGCCCGAAUCAGGGACACAUUACGGCGAGUUCUCAACCUUCCCCCCAACACCAUCAUGGAAUACAAAACGCACACGGACAGCAUCAAGGCCUGGGAAGAGUUUCAUGGCCUGGUGAACAGCAGCGGCCGCUGAACGAACGUUCUCCCUCCCUCUCUCACACGCCCAGGGGAUAACUCCAGCUUCCGGAAUACCAAGAUCACACUGUGAGGAGGAGGUGAGGAUACGGCGCUGAGCUCCUCCGGCUGGCCUCAGUGCCCUGCGGUCAAAGCCUGUGGGAUGGCCCGGACUCUGGACCCCGAAGAUGGCCUUUACACCCAUGUCAAAGACUGACCUUACAGAGCCCAAGGGACCUGCCGGGCCGAGCGAGGGCGGGGGGCUGUCCUUUGCGUUCCCUGGGACCCCUCCCACCUGGCUUCUUUCCAUGCUGCUCCUCCUGCCAAGGGCCCACGUCUGCCCAGAGGGUUUCCAGUAUUAUAAGGGCCUCUGCUGCGACAGAGGCCAUCGGAGAAUUGGCAAGUCGCACCCCUUCCUCUGCCAAUAAACAAUUAGGCUCCU